UCAGUGUCGUGCGCGUCUUCGUACGCGACGCAAGCCUCCACAUUUUUUUACGAUUUUCCUCGUUUUCCGACAAUCCAAGGCUUCCACUUUACACUCGAUACUCUUGUUACAAUAUCUACUGCGUUGUUUACCGUGGAAUUGUUUAUUAUUAUAAAAUAAUGUGUACAUACGUUGAUAUUUAUGGAAAGAGGAGUAACAGAGCGAAAGAACCUUUGACGAGUAGCAAUUUGUUAAAACGCUAAUUAAUGUCUUACGAAAACUACGCUCUACUGAGCUUGUGUUUCUGAUCAGAGGACAAGAAUAUUUUUUAUUGUCGAGACACAUUCCAAGGUGCAAAGAUCUCUGCUGCACGCUUCAUAAAAAAAGUACAAUUCCAUGAAACCGAAGUUUUCGAUACUCAGUUGAACGAAAUCGUCAUGGCACGAUUCAACGAGCGAGAGAAAAUUCGUAACUCGUUUUAUUUUCGGUUCGUAUACGAGGCGAAAAAUCGGUUCGUAUGUGAGCACAUUUGCUGAAACGCGAAAAUGAACAGGGGUACGAAAGAUUGCGGGAGUGACGAGUUAUCGAUGCUUCAUAAGCCGAAGACGGGACAAGUCGAAAAUAAAGAUUCAUCGCUGUUCUCGGUACCACCGUAACUAUCAGGGGGGCUAGAAAAACGAUGUUGGGAUGAUACUUUUUUCUUUGCUCAGAAGAAUCGGAUUUCAGUCAUCAUGUAAUCGAAAACUAAAUCGUACGAAAUCAUUCUUGUUCGCGCUAUAAUCGAUUAAAGCAAUAUCGUCAGGAUUUGAACCAUGUGAACAUGACGCAGCUGAAGUUUACUACACGUGGGGACGUCGAACGUUGAUUACACCGGUAACACAACAAAAGUAGUCGGUGAAUCAUUACACGAAAAACGAUCAUUUUUUUAAUGCUACGAUACCCAUUUAUGCAAUGCGAUUAUAUAGUGAUUGAAGUGAAUUUGUGUAGAGCUUUCAGUACAUGAUAAAUCGUUGUAAAAUACGUUUUCUUAAUAUCCGCUGAUAAAUAACGAACGAAAUAAAUGUCGGCUUAUAGAAUGCCACGCAGUCAAAGCGAUGUCGUAAAUUGUUAGCACGGAAAACUCCACAUAAAAGCUUCGGACUGUCCAAAUGCAUCGAACUAAUAAGCCUGAAAAUGUUUAAGUAGAAAGGAGUAAAAGUUAGAAUUUUCGCAUUUGAUAUCGGUCAAAAGUCGUUGGUACAGUGUCAGUAAUUCGAAGAAAGACGAAUAAAAAGAAUGGAAAAACCUUAAAAUUAUCACUGUGAAAGGAAAGGAAGGGGAGAACGUGAUUCGCGCGAAAUUAAGGUCAACGCGAGAUUCGAAUUGACAUUUGACGUGAACGAUACUUGGAGUGACCGCGGAUACGUGGGGAUUUAAUUAAGGGAUAAAAAGAUGGAUACUUCACCGACGUUGAGUGUUGGUGGAACAAGAGCGAGAGCUGCUUUACUAGCAACAACUGGUACCGGAACUGGAAGUAGUGACAGGCGCGUCGUUUUUCUCGCUAGUCAGCCAACCAUAGCCGGAGGUCACGAGACAAGAACAUGGCCACAUCACUGGUCACCGCAAACGACGGGAAACAACUUCAAGUCUCCCGAGGACUCACCCCAAUCCGAGUACAAAUUAAGAAUGCAGCGUGGGCAAGCGAACUGGUCAGAUGAGGCGGGGAAUUCAAACAGCAUGACUCGUCAAAUUCAAACCGAGAGCGGAACUGCAACGGCUGGAGGAGCAAGACAAACCCCAACAACGUCGUCCAGAACGUGCACACCUCAGCACGACGAGCAACCCCAUACGUGUAACGGUUUUAGAAUCGGCCUCUACGGCUGGAGGAAGAGAUGUCUCUACUCUCUCAUCCUCGGACUCAUGAUCAUGGUCAUACUCAACCUGGCACUCACGCUUUGGCUUCUCAAAGUCAUGGAAUUCAGUUCCGAAGGAAUUGGAUCGCUGAAAGUCGUCCCGGGAGGUGUGGAACUCAGGGGUCAAGCCGCCAUUCUUGACGCCUUAAUAGCGUCGAGGGUCAGCUCGCGGAAGAGCAAAAACCUCGUGAUCGAAUCGUGGAACAACUUCACGGCUUCGGCGAGGUCGCGGGACGGUCGAUUGCUCUCGAGAAUGACACUCGGAGAAGAUCGACUGGACUGCGUAUCACGAGGCUUCCGGAUAACAGACCCUCGAGGAGGCGUACUAUUUUCUGCCGAUCGCGAGCAGGUCGUUGUCGGUGCUGAAAUGCUCAGGGUGACCGGAGUCGGUGGAGCAGUUUUUCGGGGGAGUGUACAAACCCCUUUGGUUCGAGCCGAAUCCGGUCAUCCACUAAGAUUAGAAUCAGCAACGAGAUCGUUGGAGAUCAAGGCACCGGAAAGAGUGGUAAUAGAAUCGAGAGCCGGUGAGAUAUUGGCAUCGUCAUUGGCGGAUUUAACGCUACAGAGCAUCGAGGGAGGUAUACACUUCGAUGCGAAAUCGAUUUUCUUCGAAGAUUUGAAGAGCGCAACUCCGUUGCAACAACGACACGUAACGAGAGAUCAACAGCAGCAGCAACAACAGUCCCAACAACAGAGCCAACGAAACGGAAGAUCGUCGCUCCCCGGCCAGCUAGAAUCCAAUAUUUAUCAGUUGUGCAUUUGUCCAAGUGGAAAAUUAUUUCUCGCUAAACCCGAAGGAAUUUGUCAAGCGGACAAAACUAUCUGCUAAUAACGUCAAUCUCGUACGAACGAUAAACCAAAAUAAAAUGACUUAUUUAUUUUUACUCCCUUUCCCUACAUACCUCAAGAGCGAAUGAAUGAGAACGCUGACUCCAAUGACUCGAAGAAUAUCCUUAUUUGCCUCGAGAGUAAAACAAGUGUAAAGAUUAAUGAACAUAAAAAUCAAUCAAUCGUUGUUUAAGGAUACAGAAAGCAGAGAAUUAUGUGUGCAUAGUGUCUUGGAGUACAAAAAUAUACACAUGAGAAUGAAUAAAAGAGAAUAAACAAAACAAAAUGCAAAUUGAUGAAUGUUCGGUACCGUGUACCCACGAAAGCGUAGGAAUGGCGCCAAUGCUAACCCCGCGAUGUAUAUCUUGUAUAUCAAUAAAAACAUACAAUUAUCGUUGA